AACUUGAUCCGAGCUCUACCCAGAGAAGGUCUGGAGGAACUUCUGGUCCUUGAUCUCACCAACAACCGGCUCAGUGAAUGGCUCACUGGUACCACCACCUUACCAAAUAUGAGUAGCCUUACAGAACUGUUUUUAAGAGGAAAUGGAAUUAGCAGUUUGAAAACUAGACAAUUUCAGGAACUGACUAAUCUCACCCUAUUAGAUCUCAGUGAAAACAACAUUAAGAUUCUUCCUCAGAAGUUCCUUCAAGGUUUGACCAACCUUAAGAUCCUCGUUUUGAGCUUGAAUGAGAUACUCAGCCUUUCAUAUGGUGCAUUUGAGGGAGGAUCUGAUCUUGAGGAGAUCCACCUGAACAAGAAUCAUAUAAAGAUAAUAGAAAAGGGUGUUUUUGAGAACUGCACAUAUCUAAACAAACUCGUCCUGUCCAACAACAACUUGAGCAGUGUAGAGGAAGGGACCUUCCUAGGCCUACAUGGCCUGCGUCAUCUGGAUCUCAGUAAAAACAGGCUCAGCACUGUGCCCACUGGCACCCUCAAAGAUACCCCCAAUCUCACCAGCCUCUAUCUACAUCAAAAUGGGAUCACCCGUGUUCCGGAAAAUGCUUUCUACAGCCUGUCUUCAUUACAAAUGUUGAAUCUGAACAACAACCCUCUUAAAGUUAUACAUGCGGCCGCCUUACGAGGUCUUCGUAAGCUUCAUGAUUUAGAUUUGAGCUCCAGUAAAUUGCAGGUUUUACCACCAUCAGUGUUUCAAGACGUAGGCAAACUAAAGCACCUCUGUCUAUUCGACAUUGCCUUGACAUCCCUCCCUCAAGGCCUGUUCAACAAUUUAACCUUGUUGCAAGAACUGCAGCUUGACAAAAACAAGAUUCAUAUCAUCCCACCAGAUCUAUUUCAUCCACUUUCAAAGCUUAAGCAUCUACAUAUGGACAGUAAUCUAAUCUCAGAGCUGAAUUCAUCAACAUUUAGAACACUGAGAAGGCUAGUUCACAUCGAUCUUAGCAAUAACCAACUGACAAACAUUUCUAGUGGCCUUUUCAAGGGUACACGGAAACUAGCUCACCUUGAUCUCAGUAAAAACAUGCUCACAGCUGUACCCACGGAAGCCUUUAAGGAGAUACCCCGCCUCAACCGCCUUUUCUUGCAGAAAAACGCUAUCAGCUCUGUUCCUGAAAAUGCAUUCUCUGGGCUAGCUGGCCUGAAGAAACUGGACUUGAGCAACAAUCCCCUUGAAAUCCUAGAUGAAGAUUCUUUGAGGGGUCUCUUCAUGCUUGCUGAACUAGACUUAAGUUUCAACCAGUUGCAAGAUCUACCCUCAUGUGUCUUUCAGGACCUAGGUAAACUUAAGAACCUUAAUUUGUACAACAAUGAACUGGACACAAUUCCUGAACGCCUGUUCAACAAUUUAACCCAAUUAAAAGUGUUGCAGCUAGAUAGCAAUAAUAUUUCUGUUAUCUUCCCAGAAACAUUUAAUCCGCUUACAGAACUUAGGGAUUUACAAUUGGACAACAACAACAUCUUACAGCUCAAUGCAUCUUUAUUUAAAAAUCUUAAACAUCUGCAUAGCCUUUACUUAAAUAACAAUGCUCUUUCCAGAAUUCCCAAGUACCUUUUCCAAACAACACGGCACCUCAAAGAGCUGCAACUGACGAAUAAUCAUAUCCACAAUAUACCAAAACUGUCCUUCAAAAGCCUUAAGAUGCUUAGAGCUCUUAGACUCAAUGAUAAUCACCUUUCCGAUCUCCACAAAGAACUCCUGGCUGGUCUUGAUGACCUACGGGAACUGUCACUGAACCGAAACCGAAUAGAAAGCCUCCCAGUUGAAUUUUUCACACUUCCGAACUUGAGAACACUUGACUUGUCAAACAAUAAUUUGAACACCUUGUCCUCUGAGGAUUUUAAACACCUCACCACACUGAGAGAAAUACACCUGAGUUUCAAUAAACUCAAGGCAUUACCACACAGCAUAUUCAGCUCUCAGGGAAACCUUCAGAAACUCUUCCUGCAGAACAACUAUCUAUCCCAUCUGCCCCUGAAUGUGUUCUCCAAACUGCCCUCAUUGAAACAGCUUGAUCUGGAGAAUAACCACCUCCACCAUCUAGCCAACAAACAAUUCCACAGCCUGAAGAACCUGGAACAACUACACCUCAAAUCCAACAGACUGCGAUCACUUAGUAACGGGACUUUUGAGGCUUUGACAUCCCUGAGAGCCAUAUAUCUCAGUGAAAACCCGUGGGACUGUUUCAAUGUGUCUGGCAUGUAUGUGAGAAGAUGGAUCAGUAAGAAUAUCCAUUUGGUGAAGGAUAACCCAAAAUGCUCGGCCACCUCUGGAUGCCUUGCUAAUCGAGACCUCAAGAAGUCUUUCUUGUCACCUCUGCGCUGUGGCAGCGUUGCCUGUUUCUUUAUAUGUACGCCACAAAUGCAAAUUCUAACAAUUAUUAUAAUCUCUAUCUUGAAUGCUUAUGUGUUGUGAGGUUGCUCUGCUGUAGCCGUGAUGUGUGUUUGCUCAGUGCUGUAGCGCAUUGCUUCUCUUCUUCAGAAUAGGCCUUUACACAUAAUACAGCACCUAUGUUUUUAUUUCGUUUUAAAUUGAUGAGUGAGAGUGUUUGAUGUGCCAGGCAGAUGUCACAUAGUGCAUGAAUUACAGAAAAUGUUAGUGCAUAUAUUCUUAGACGUGUGAUUUUUCUUGUAGUAUUUAGAAAACAGGAGUAUGAAUUGUAUUGAUGA